AUGAAGACAGUGGCGAUUCUGAUGCUCGUGGCGACGGCCAAUGCGGCGGUCGACCCGGCGCAACAACGUGACCAAGCGACAGCUGGUGAACCAAUUGGGGAUUUGCGAGCGGCCGAGAGCGCCAAGGAGUGGCGUUGGGGCGGGGGCUAUUGGGGGGGUGGAGGCGGCGGUGGUUAUUGGGAAAGCGGCAAGAUCUAA